AUGGCGACCUGCAUCAGCAUGGUCUCGAGAGCUAGGGGGACAGCACUGACUGUGUUAAAGCCGGUAGCAUCCAAGUGUUUGCGGCAGAGGACAGGUGUCUUUGUCCGCCUUUCACACGAUGUCCGCAGCAGUCUGUACGAGCAUGUCCGAGAAGGGUACAGCGACAAACCUGAGCUGGACAUGAGGAUGGUGUGUGAAGAAACCCACAAAGUCAUAGCAAAUGUGGAGAAGAGGAAGGGCGAGCUGAGGGGGGACGAUGUCAGGAAGAUUGUAAGUGUUAUGAGUGAAAACUUUACAUCAUUUUAUCAUGAGAUUGUGGACUGUGGAUCUGACUUGGUCUUCAUUUAAGUUACAGGUUUUAAAAGUUACAGUAAAGAAGUUGUCGGCCUUGUUUGUGAUGGUUGUAUUUGUUUUAAUAGACCAUAACAAAACAUCACUGUAAAAGUUACCUGUAACCAGAUUUGUCAAGUGAGGAUUAUGAUAUGUAUAGGGAAAGGGUGGUACUGCUAAUAAGAAUCCAAACAGGGUGAGGGAGACCUCUUAACUUUGUGAAGAAUAAAAGAGUUAUAGUAAAAUAUUUACAUUUACAGUAGACUACAGUAGACAGCAAACAUCAGCUCAUAUCUUCAGUGACAUAUCAUUGAAAUAAUUAAAUUGAAGAGCAGCAUGAUGCAUAUGAUGAUUUUAUUCUUGUGUCCUCUCUAGGUUUGUGUGUGGCAGGAGCUCCAGGCAGUGAGGACCGAGAUCUCUGGGCUGGAGGAGAAAAAGAAAACCAUCAGUGAGAUGGUCAAAGCGUUAGUGGUCAGUAACACGAUGUUACAGAACCAGCAGUUACUGAUGGAUGGAUAAAUGUAUGGAUGGAUAAAUGUAUGCAUGGAUGGAAGAUGGAUGGAGGGAUUUUUGAAGGAUUGGUGGAGGGAUAGACAGACAGAUGGAUGGAUAAAGGAAUGAUGAAUGAAAUUUGAUAAAAGGUUUCAGAGGGAAUUAUGGUGGGUGGGUGUAAAUUAAUAAAUGGAUUGUUAAUGGAUAGAUGUUUUGAAUGAAAAGAUGAAUGAAUAAAUAAAUGAAAAGAUGACAAAGAAUUUUGAUGGAUACAUUUUUGAUGGAUGAAUUUAUUUUGGAUGGAUGAGUUUGUUUUAAGACAAUAGAAAGAGGGAUGGGUGGAUGAUGAAAAGAUUUUAAUUAAUGGAUUUCAGAGGCAAAGAUGGAUGGAUGGGUUUUAAUGAGAUGGAUUUUGGAUGGGUGAAUGAGUGAUGGAAAGAUGGGUUGCUAUUGGAUGAUGGAGUGGAUGGAUGAAAGGAUGACAAGGAAUUUUGGUGAACAAAUUUAUUUUCGAUUGGAUGGAUGAAUUUAUAUUUCAAAAGAAAGAUGCAUGGCUGAAUGGUUGGACGGAUGAAAAAAAUUGAAUUUUGGAUAGAUGAAUGAUAGAAGAAUGGAUGGAUUUUGAAAUUGUUGAUUGGAUGGGUAAAUAGAUAAAUGAUGUAUACGUGUCAAAUGGACGGAUUUUGAAUGGAUGGUUGAUGGAUUGGAUAGUAAAUGGAUUAACUUGGAUGGAUGGAGGUUAAAUCUGGAUGGAUUUAUGGAUCGAUCAAUGAAUGAUUGGAUGGAUAAAAUGGCUAGCUGGGUGGAUGUCUACAUGGAUUGAUGGAUGGAUUUUGCAGACAUAUUUAAAACUAUUAGCAAGACUUUUAAUGUAUCUAUUUGUUCUUGGUACACUGUUAAUAAUGGUCGUUUGAAGAAAGGAUGGAGGAAACAUGUAACAAACGUUUGCAGGUUAUAAUUAUUUCUUUAUUUGCUCCUUGUUUAGCAAAGAGAGACUCAAGCAUAACUCUUUUGUGGAACUUUAUUUGUUGUCAUUAUUUUAAAGUCAUUAACUCUUUAUAAAUUACAGCUGCAACAUUUGUGUUUUAAGAGUUUUCAGAUUCAUCCAUAAUUUAACUAUAAUGUUUUUUGUUUACAGGAAAAAAACAACAAGAAAGCUCUUGCCAGUGUAAGUUUAUCAUCAGACGUGUUUGAUAAAUUGUCAAACUGAAUUAGUGCAUGUUUGAGGCUGUUAUUUGUUGUAAAUUCUGUAGAAUCCAGAGUACACCCAGGCUCUACAGAGAGGCCGGGAGAUCCGCAACAGACUGAACCAGCUCGUACCCCGAGAGACUGAGCUGGAUCAGGAGUUCUAUAGGUGGGCGCUCCGACUGCCAAACACAACACACCCUGAUGUGGUGAGGAUGCACACAAACAAACACACUUUCUCUGAAGAUUUAGGGAGGAAUAUUUCCUUUAAAGUGUUGAUUAAAACCUCUUAAAAUCCCUCUUUCUGAUUCAGCCAGUUGGUGAUGAGAGUCAGGCAAGGGUGGUGGAGCUGGUCGGACAGAAACCAGGUAAUGAAUGUGACAUAUGGCACCAUUUAUCUAAAAAAUAAAGUCUUGAUAAUCUGGAAUACAUAAAUAUAAAUCUCAUAACCAUUUUUCUUAUCCUAGAGUUUGACUUCAAGCCCAAAGGUCAUCUGGAGCUAGGGGAGAAGCUGGGUCUCAUCAGGCAGAGGUGAGGAAGACUAAGUAGUCAGGUUACGCUUACUGAACAAAGACCAAGUUCAAAUUCCCCCACUGUGUAUUCUAGUAUGAGUAUAAUAAAAUGAUGAAGAUAAUCCUCAUUUGUGUGAAUUUGGAUCAUAAUUCUUACUUCUUGUCUCUUCUCCUGCAGACAUCUAGCUCAUGUGUCGGGCCACAGGUCCUACUAUCUGAGGGGGGUUGGUGCCAGACUUCAAACUGCUCUCCAAAACUUUGCACUUGACAAACUGCAGCUGCGGGUAAACAUGUCUGGAAAUAUCAGACACAAACCCAAAAUACACACCUACACUGAAGUCAUAUAAAAAUAUAAGAAUGACACAGAGCCUGACUGAUGUUUUUUUCUUUUGGCUCCUGCAGGGCUUCAUUCCCAUGGUUGUUCCUGACAUGCUGAAGGGAGCAGUAUUUGUAAGUAGAGCUCACUGAGACUUUUCCUUCUCACUCUGACUUUUGCUCUUUUGUUGCCUCAUCACUCUGUUUUGUCCCCUCCAGGAGGGUUGUGGGAUGCAACCUAACGCCCAUCGCUCUCAGGUCUAUGCACUGGAUCCGGCCAAUUUCCCAGACCUCAACCUUGCUGGGACUGGAGAGGUUGGGAUUGCAGGUGAAACAUUUUAUUCACGCAGAAACAACUUUAUUAAAAUAAAAAGAUCAAAAAGUUAACUUCAUAAUAGCCUAUGUUCAUCCACCUUUAAUGACUGGGGUUCCCUGGAAUAACUCAGCAUGUUAAUGAUUGUGUCAGUGUGGAAUAAUUAGCCAACAUGCAGAGCUAAAAUAUCUCCAGAAAGGUUUUUUUUUUUUGGCUAUUGUGACAGAUUGUUGCUUUAUUCUUCAACAUUUGUCAUGUUUCUGCAUGUACUAUUACACAGGGAUGACAUGCAUCUAUGCACUUAUGCUUGUAGUAUUGCAGAUUACUCUUGACAGUUGCAAAGCUUUAAUAUAUCAAGUGUGUCUCUUUCCUUCAGGCUACUUCAUGGAUCAUGCUGUCAGCUGGAAGGACCUUCCUGUCAGGUAAAAUCAACCUUCACUCCUUGUUAGCAGUGCAUAUUUUUAUACAAAACCACCAAAUCUGACAUGGUCUGUUGUCUCCUGCAGGUCGGUGUGCAGUAGCACCUGCUACAGAGCAGAGACUGACACAGGCAGAGAGACCUGGGGGCUCUACCGAGUUCAUCACUUCAACAAGGUGAAGAGCAUACAAGGUUUUAUCAUAUAUAUUUAUGCACUAAAACCUCACUUUCCUGUAGAGUCAAAUAUUCUUCACAGGAAAUGGCACAAGCAAAGCAUUCAAAAUAAAACAGUUAAUGAACCAAACGGGACCCAGUACUGGACCUUGCGGGACAUGGUUUGAAAACAGAACAGUCUCUCAGAAAGCUGGCUCAUUUACAGAUCUAAAAAUGAAAAUCAUGACAUUUUAGUGUUUGUAGGAACUCAGCAUGAUCAUCAGUGUGAAAUCAACAAAGAGUGCAGCACAAGGUCUGACUGUGUGUGUUUUUUUCGUUGUAGGUUGAGAUGUUUGGAGUGACAGCAGAUGAAACAGGGUUGGAGAGCUCUGAGCUGCUGGAGGAGUUUGUCUCUUUGCAGAAAGAGAUUUUCUCUGCACUGGAGUUACACUACAGGUUAGUGAACAGACACACACACACACUGGUCUCAUCCACAGUCAUGAUCUAAGAUUGAAUUGCAUGCGUUUCCCAAGCUGACAUGGACCUGUGUGUCUUAAAUUAAGUAGAGAUUCUUGGCUUCUAGUUAUACCUUCUGUGUUGUUGUGGCUCAGAGUUCUGGACAUGCCGACACAGGAACUGGGUCUGCCUGCCUACAGAAAGUACGACAUUGAAGCAUGGAUGCCUGGAAGGAACAGCUACGGAGAGGUUGGCCUCUUUUACCAUUAACACCUGCCCACCUUCAUUUACCAUUAUCAGUCUAAAAUGAAGGAUUUCAUUUGCUGUAAGAGUUAUUAGCAGCUCUUCAUCUUUGCUGCAGGAGUUAAUGUGUUAAUGGUGCCAAGCAUGCAAUCAGAGCCCAGAUUUUUCUUCAGCUAGAAAGUCUUGAAUAUUGUUGAGCCCUGCUACUCUAUCGUUUGGCCCAAUCACUCCUUUUCCUUUAUGCCUUUAAAUUGCAGAUUUCCAGUGGAUCCAACUGUACUGACUACCAAAGCAGACGCCUUAACAUCUUGUAUGAGAGAGAGGACGGCAGCCUGCAGUACGCCCACACGGUGAGACAGCAGAGGAGGCUGCAUAUUACUGUCUGCAGGUUUAGCUUACAGCGGUACAACACCUUACCAACGUGUUAUUUUUACUCUCCAGGUGAAUGCUACGGCGUGUGCAAUCCCCCGAACCAUCAUUGCCAUCCUGGAGACUCACCAAACCAAAGUGAGAUACUUCGCACAUGGAGAUUCCCAAAAACAUUCAAUUAUUUCUUAUUUAAUAUAAAGUUUUAUUUUUGUAUAAGCUCAUUUCUAAUUUAAACUUUUAAGAUAUUUUGUUAAGAAUGAAUCAACUCUCUGUUGUUACUGAUGCUGACAUUUCUUCCUCUUUUCUCCUCGCCUCUCCAGGAGGGAACUGUGCGUGUCCCCCGAGCCCUACAGCCUUAUCUGGGUCUUGAAAUGAUCGAGGGGCCGAAUUACACUCCACUGAAAUACAUCGGACCAAACCAGCACACCCGACCCCCUAGGCCUGUUCCCAAAACCAGAUGA